AUGGCAUACCCCUCGUUUACAAAAACGUACCACCACUCGUCCUACGCAGCUAUAAGUCCAACGAGACCAGAGCUAUCAGUUAGGGACAAGACAGUAAUCGUGACCGGAGCCGGUGAUGGUAGCAUUGGCGGGACAGUGGCGCUGUCGUUUGCGCAAGCCGGAGCACGGAAGAUUGCACUGAUGGCCAGAACCGAGACAUCCCUCAAGGCGACGAAGGAUAAGAUCGUUCAAGCAUUCCCCGACGCCGAGGUCAUGGUCGUCACGGCCGACGUGUCAAAGGCUGAAAGUGUGGGAGUUGCAGCGCACCGCAUACGAGCAACUCUAGGAGCAUGGGACGUAUUCGCGCACUGCGCCGCCGUGGCGCCCACCCACACCACCAUCGCCGGCGCGGAUGAGGACGAAUGGUGGCACGCGUUCGAGAUCAAUACGAGGUUCUCGUCACACUUUGCUAAACAUUUUCUACCAAAGUGUCGGCCCAACGCCACAUAUAUCGGUGUCAAUGCGGGUGCGUGCCACCUUCCUGGUUCCAAUUUUCCAAAGAGCUCAGCAUACUGUGCCUCAAAGCUCGCCAUAGCCAAGCUUGACGAGUUCCUCGCUGCUGAAAAUCCUCACCUGCGUGUGUUCACGGUCCAUCCUGGCAUUGUUCAAACGAACAUGACGAAAGGCUUCAUCGGAGACAGCCGCCGUCGUGGUAUCGUGCUCGACGAUGCUGAACUGGUAGCCAACUUCAUGGUGUGGCUGGCCUCUCCGGAAUCCGACUUUCUGAGGGGAAGGUAUGUAUGGUGCAAUUGGGAUGUGGAAGAGAUGAUUGCCAAAAGGGCAGAAAUCGAGAGUAACCCAACCCUCUUGACGAUGACCCUGGGUGGCUGGCCCUUUCAGUAA